AUUGGAGAGGAUUAGGGGAUUACCAACAGAGAUGACUGCACUGAAAGCCUCCAUCAGCAUCCUCAGUUUGUCUUUGGUUCUCUCUCUUUCUGUCAUCUCUUUCUGCCUCUCAUUGUCUCGCUGCCCUCCAGUGAAGUAUGAGGACAUGUUCAUGAUCCAGCAUGGAGGAGUCCGGCUGCUUCAUCAACAGAAAAGUUCCGUCGGCACAAAUUUCGAGGCGUGAUGAAGAGAACAAGAAAACCAAGCUAGCUUCCUUACACCUUUCACUCUUUAACUUUUCCUGUGACUGAGCUUCCCUCCCUCUUUCCUCGAACUAUCCAGGGAAACAUGAAUCUCCUUUAUCCCACCCUUCUCUUCCUCUUUCUUGCCAUUUUUCUCCCCGAGUCCUUUUUUCCAUCUGUCAAGUGUUCACGGUCGUGUCCACACCAUUGUGUUUGCUACGAGCACGCCGAGCUGUUGGACUGUCGCAACCGUGGGUUCGAGCACGUUCCCAGGGGCCUCCCUCACGGCACGUGGCUGCUGGAGCUCGGAGGCAACAAUCUGAGCUCGAUAGGCACCCGAGCCUUCACUGGACUGUGGUCCUUGCGUGUGCUGAUACUGAGCAACAGCCAGAUAGAAGAAAUUCAACCACAGGCGUUUUUCUCUUUGUCCUUCCUAGAGAAGCUGGAUCUCAGUUGGAACCAGUUAACAACUCUCCCCGUGGACUUCUCCACCAGUCUCUCUGCUCUCAAAGAGUUGCGGCUAGAACACAACAAUUUACAUUAUAUAUCUGGAUACAGCUUCGAGUAUCUGGACAACAUGGAAAAGCUGGACCUCAGUUAUAACCAGCUGGUGUCAGUUGGCCCAGGUGUGUUCAGGGGCCUCUCCAGGCUCAGGCAACUCUAUCUUCACAACAACAGACUGACUGUGGUGCAGCAGGGGAGCCUGGACAUGCUGCCGGGGCUGGAGGUACUCCAGCUGAGCAACAACAACAUCUCUCAGAUAGACACUGAUGCUCUGGCACCUCUCUAUAGUCUGGCUGUUCUCGCCCUGGAAGGAAACAACCUGCAUCACCUCAAGUUUAAGACUUUCAUCAGCCUCCAUACAACAGCUACACACAUUCAGCUGGCAGGCAACCCGUGGAGCUGUGACUGCGACCUGCACCGUGUCUUCAGUAAGAUCUUGCACGUCCGCCACCUCCACAUCGACGACUACCGCAACGUGACAUGCCAGGACCCUCCCCAACUGGCUGGGGCCUCGCUGGCCUGGGUAGACAGCCAGCUGUGCAUCGCAGAGACGGCCACUGUGCUCGUCAUCACGGUCACCGUGCUGGUCACCGUGGUGGCAGCUCUGGUGAUGGCAGAGAGGAACAGGAAGAGGAAUAAUGGGAAGAACUGGGACACCGAGUCGCAGGGGCAAACUCAGAGCCCCCCGUCCUGAAACCUCUUAUGAGUGAAAUGGGGAGGGUAUUGAUAGUUCAUGACUCCUCUACAGACAAGAUAGCUUGCAGUGUACAUUUCAAGAUGACUGCCAGAAAAAGAUGAUUCCUUGAAUAGAAAAAUUGGAAGUCUGGAAGACCUGAAGUACCCUUUUAGAUUAUACACAUCUUUUCAAGUACAUUUUACUUUCCUUUGGAGCCGAUCAAGUGUGGUUUGAGCUACAACAAACACUGUUCAUAUACUUCGAAUUACCACCUUUAUCUACUUUCAUGCUGCUAAAACAUUUCCAAUGUAAGAACUAUUUUUUAUUUUUCAUAGAUAAAUCUUGGAUUAAUGCGCUGAUUCUGAUGCGCUAAUAAACUGUUGUACCUGGCUUCAUCUUUCACAAUAAAAGCCACCCUGCAUUUAACUACUUUUUAAAUCUGAAGUGGCAUCAGUAGAAAACAUGCAUUAUAAGAAGAACUGCUGAAUCAUAUGCCUAGCAUUCUCCAAAAUAAAAAGGGUCUGAUUAUUCUCCAAUCAUAUUAAAUAUAAAAUAUUAUUCCUGUCAGUUUAUGGAGGACAUUGUCACUUAACAAUGGUUCUAGCUAGGGACCAUUUAGGGUACACAAUGUCCCUUACCCGUUUGAAACAACUGUCUUUACAGUCGGACAAUCAGAUGUAGUUUGUCACAAGGACCAUAUGUCUCUGGACUCCAGAGAGGAUUACUGCAGCCCUGAUGGAGGGAAUGAGAACAGAUAGAGGCAUAGUUUUACUGAGGUCAUAGACAUGGCCAGAUGUCAAGAUAAUUACUGCCGGACUGGAAUACAUGUAUACAAUGUGCGUGUGCUUGGGGGAAUUAAAGAAGAAGAGUGGGAGGCCUGACUAACCCCUGACAGCAGCAAUUCAGUUUUGUCACGUCUAGUUUUGUUGGUCUGAAUUUGACAUAUUUAUAAUGUGUUUAUUUGUACAUGCAUAUCAGAAAAAGGAAAACAAAUCUAUGUUUUUUGUUUCUCCGUAAGUCAGUUGGAAUAAUAGUAAUUUUGCAUCAACGGCAUCAUCCUUAGGUCCUACUGACUGACAAAUGUAUCCAGUCAUUGGGUGAAUUAAUGGUGAAGAUUUAUUUUCUUGAAUUAAAGGAUCCAAUAAAAAAACACAUAAACCAGG